AUGCAGUUUGUGUUUGUUGUCAAGGGCCAGAGCUCGAGGGUGCCCCAGGCGCUGCCCGCUGACCGACUCUUCAUCGCGGCGUCUCGAGAGACGGCCCACCGCUCUCGCCAUGUGCGGGCCUGGGGAGCAACGAAAUACAGCGCUGUCGUCCCUGCGCCAGGCGCGCCGCUGCAGAUAUCGGGCUCUCGACUGAGAGAUGUCUGCUGGAGGGAGUCGCCUCUGUCCUCCACACUGUCCCUGGAAAAGGACGUUCUCACGUUUAACUGCGUGAUGGUGCAGACACCAUACGCUCGUCGUGCCGCCGACGCAGAUCUUGAGCCGGUGCCGCUGCGCGUGCUCGCCGCUGAUGCUCUCGAGCACAUCUUCUUCAACGUCAACGAGGAUCUCCUGCAAGAUUGUCGCCUGGCUGUCUUCACGUAUGCAGAGAAUCUCCUGCAGGUGGGCAUCAACGCUGACAUCUGGGCAGAGGCCCGCGUGGGGGCACACGGGGCCCGCACAGGCGUUGCUAUCGGUGCUGACGGCAGCACCGGGGAUUGUGGCAACGCCAGCGGCCCUGCAGCUGAGGGAGCCGCCAAAGAGGGCCCUUCUCUCAACACUGACGGCGCCGCCGGUGCAGGUUUUGCCAAGCGGCGGCGCCAUGUCGACCUUGUGUGGGGUGAGGAAGAACCCAGUCGGUCGUCCCGCCGCCUUGACUCGUCGCACUCUCUGCUGAACAAGGAAGAGGUGUUGGCUGUCGUGCCGUCUGCUGUGAGCGGCGACGACAUCAAAGAGCUGAAUGAACUCAUCGACGAAGGAAAAUUGUCGAGCCUCGACGCGAGCCUGACGGACUUCUUCUGCUGUCAGUGUUAUCAUCUGCCGCUGUUGACGCUCACCAUGUCGUGUUGUGGGGCUGUUCUAUGUCAGUGCUGCGCACCGACGCCGCCGACGGUGGAAGGAGUCUCGGCGGCGGAUCGCGCGUGCCCCAUCUGCGGGGAAGAGCCACUCCAUCCCCCGCUAAGCCACUUGGAGCGCGAUGUGAAGGUGGCAAAACUGGUAAAGGAGCUGAAGGUGCUCUACUUUCCUCAGCUCCACGCACUCCGGGAGUCACGCCAGGCCUCGGCGGAACUGUCGAAGCCUUCACCGCCGCCUUUCCUGCUGCCUAACACACCAGUGCUUGGAUCGCCGCGUUGA